UGUCUAUCUACUGAUGCCUUGCUUCUCCCAUCCAAUCGUCGCUUCUUUCCAUUCAAAAUCCCCAACUUCCACCGUCAACUACGCCACUAUAUAAGCACCGCGGAUCCAGACAGGAUCUACCUCGUCGUCCACAAGGUCGUGCAUUCGAUCCAUAUCAAGUCGCAAAAGUGGGAUACAAUUGAGCGGGUGCCGUUUGAGCCAAAAUGCCUUGCCGCGGCUUACGGCUGGAUUGUGGUCGGAGGAUCCGAUAAUGGAGAAUGUGCUUUCAUUAAACUGCCUGGUCGCCAUGCCCAUACUCCACGAGCCGAGACGAGAGCGGAGGGGUUGGAUGUAGAUACCGCGCUGCCAAUCGGCCUUGAUUUCAACUCAAGGACGCCCACAGCUGCGCCCGAUGACGAACCGUCUCCAUCUGGGAUCGAAGGUGGCCAGAACGAUGUACCUGAGAUUUUCACAAAGUCGCUUUCUGGUAGUAUUGUCAACUCGGUUAGUAUUCACCGGUUUCCGGGUGAUAACGAAAGAUUUGCGCAUGAGGACAUUGUCGUAAUCAGCAACAACGACAAGACGGUCAGGCUGUUCUCCCUCACACGGACAAAAGUGCUCCAAACGAUCAAUCACCCUACCUGCAUGAAUUAUUCUGUUAUGUCCCCUGACUCGAGAAUACUGGCUGCCGUUGGGGAUGAGAACUUUGCGUACUUUUAUCGGAUCGUGCGUGACCCCAGCAAGAUUGACUAUGGAGAGCAUGGCCAAAGACUAUCAGGAUGGACAUGCAAGUUUCUCUCUCGAAUGGAGCUCCCUCUCAGCGCGACUAUGCGUACAACUGAUGAUGGCAGUUGUUUCACCAUUGCCUUCUCCCCCUCCAGUCAUCUGUGUGCGAUCGGCUCCCAGGCCGGUUUAAUCAGCGUAUACGACGUGGAGUCUAUCCUUCAAAACAAGGAAGAUUCGCAGUGUAGGUUGCAAGUGUUUCGAUCGUCUCGCCCUGAUUUAGACGCUGGCGCAGUGCGCAGUAUGGCAUUUUCGCCAGAUCCAUGGGAUCUUCUAGUCUGGGUUGAGGAUAUGGGGAAAUUUGGAAUUGCCGAUAUCCGGUCAGGCUUCCUCCGCAGGCAAGUGGUGGAUCUAGACAAAGAUGGUCCUGAUGUGGAGAAAGUGCGCACAUCUUUUAGGUCGCCCUUUAUCUCACGCUCAUCGGGUGAUCACUUGGAUAAUAGGCCUGAUGAGGACUCUAGUAGUGUUCAUCAGGCUAUGUUAGAUUUUCUUGGGGGAACAUCAUCGACCAGUGCGAAUCCCAGUUCUUCGGAGCGAGUGUCGUCUCUAAGAGAGAGUGUACAAGGCUUGACAGAUAGAGAACGCCGGAUUAUUGAAUUUCUCAAUACUGCCCGUUGGUCAUCUAGACAAGAGGGUGACGACGGCGAGCGACCGCCGAGAACACCCAGCAACUUACGACAUGGCGCGAAUGCCUCCUCCCUUGGUGGCGCUGAAAUUGCUGAUACAUCCCCUCGAACCACCUCACCCUUUCGCUCCACAGACGCCGCCCUCCACGAGCUGUUCCGCGAGCAUUAUCUAGGCCGUGUCGGUUCCACAGACCGUAGUUUUGGCCAAAGACGUCGCGAUUCUAUUGUAUUAUCCCAGCCUGGCUCUGGCUCCGACUCCAACAUGGAGAAUACAGAAGACGGCAAUUCGACUGCAGAUGUCCAGGUUUUGCUGAGAUGGACCACCUCACCGAUGGAAGUGCAGCCCUUUGAAAGCCCUUCACAGCCGGAAGAAAACAAUUCUGCUGAAACUGAUUCAAGGACCAUUGAAAUAGAAACUACAUCACCCGCAGACCGCCAAUCUUCUCAACGUUCGAGAUCCAUACCUCGUCGGUCUUCACGCCCAGGUGCUGGCACGGAAAGUAGAUAUGACAAUCCGCGCUCAACAGCGGAGUUGCGAGCCAGUGUGACGGCGGAACGCCUUCGACGGCAGCGACUGGCUGCAAAUGAGACUCGGUCCCCCCGCUGGUUUAGAGAUUUUCUUAGUAAUGAUGCUCCCGAACGACACCUCGCAUACAUGCCCCAUGAUCAAGAACCUGGUGGGACUGCUGGUGUUGGAUGGGGGACUGAUGCAAGGAGCUUGUAUAUUGGAACGGUGGAUGGAAUUUUUGAAUUUCAAAUCAAUGUACAGGACCGAAAAAGCUUUCCGGCGUUUUCUUUCCGUUGA